ACAUACACAGGAAGAAGCCAACUCGGCUAGUUGUCAAAUUAGCAAAGCUGACUAGCCAGCUAAUGUAUUGGUGGGAGACCAGUGUCCGUGGUUUUCUGAAUAGAGAGCAAAUUUGGGUUUUAUCAUGGUGUUUCCACUGUAGGAAACACUUCAAACGACACCCAAGGAAUUUUCCCCCGCACGUUCCUCUUGUUCGAGCGCAUAAACAAGGUGUGAAUGACCGACGUGGUGUCCCCCACUGCGCUCAGCGAAGUCCAGCUCCGCCUCCUCUGCCACGAUGACAUAGACAGCGUCAAGCUGCUGUGUGGGGAUUGGUUCCCCAUCGAGUACCCAGACUCAUGGUAUAAUGACAUCACAUCCAACAAGAAGUUCUUCUCCCUCGCCGCCAUCUUCAAGGGAGGCAUCGUGGGAAUGAUCGUAGCUGAGAUCAAGGGCCGGACCAAAGUACACAGAGAGGAUGGAGACAUCCUAGCCUCUAGAUUUCCUGUGGACACCCAGGUGGCUUACAUACUGAGUCUGGGGGUGGUGAAGGAGUUCAGGAAACAUGGAAUAGGCUCCUUGCUGCUGGACAGUCUUAAGGAACACAUCUCCACCACGGCCCAGGACCACUGCAAGGCCAUCUACCUCCACGUGCUGACAACCAACACCACGGCUAUACACUUCUACCACAACAGAGACUUCACGCAGCAUCACUACCUACCUUACUACUACUCCAUACGAGGGGUGCUGAAAGACGGCUUCACAUACGUUCUGUACAUCAACGGAGGGCAUCCGCCCUGGACGCUCUUUGACUACAUCCAACACAUUGGCUCGGCCCUGGCCAGCCUCAGUCCCUGCUCAAUCCCCCAGAGACUCUACAGACAGGCCCAGUCUCUGCUCCGCAGCCUGAUGCCCUGGUCUGGCAUCGCAUCCAAGACUGGUAUCCAGUACAGCAGGACCAUGUGACCGGACAGACUGAGGGCUGAGACCCCCCCCCAAACACCAACCAAGACACCCAGCCACAAAGCCCAGACCCACCAAACCAAGACACCCAGCCCACCAAACCGCCCAGCAAGCUACACACCAAGCGUCUCGUCUCUCCCUAGCUGUCCUAUCCUGUCCUACAGCUCAUACAGAGACGAUGUAUUAUAGCUGUACAUUACAUAUAUCCUCUAAUAUAUAAAUACAUAUAUACUGUAUAUAUAUAUACCCUGUCAGUAGCUGCCCUGUCCUCCACUCUACCGUCUGAGCCAGUGGUGUAGUGGAGGGUCAGGACAUCUAGACUCCGUUCACCUUUUCUUUACUGUCGUGGGAAAAGCCAUUGAAAUAUAGGGAUUGAGUGUUACCUUAUUCACUGGAAUAGUGUGGACCGGGUUAAGAUUCAGUAGGGUUGGGAUCAACUCUUGUUUCUACUGGACCGGGGUGAGAUUCAGUAGGGUUGGGAUCAACUCUGGUUUCUACUGGACCGGGGUGAGAUUCAGUAGGAUUGGGGUCAACUCUGGUUUCAACUGGACCGGGGUGAGAUUCAGUAGGGUUGGGGUCAACUCUGGUUUCAACUGGACCGGGGUGAGAUUCAGUAGGGUUGGGGUCAACUCUGGUUUCAACUGGACCGGGGUGAGAUUCAGUAGGGUUGGGGUCAACUCUGGUUUCAACUGGACCGGGGUGAGAUUCAGUAGGGUUGGGGUCAACUCUGGUUUCAACUGGACCGGGGUGAGAUUCAGUAGUGUUGGGAUCAACUCUGGUUUCAACUGGACCGGGGUGAGAUUCAGUAGGGUUGGGAUCAACUCUGGUUUCAACUGGACCGGGGUGAGAUUCAGUAGGGUUAGGGUCAACUCUGGUUUCAACUGGACCGGGGUGAGAUUCAGUAGGAUUGGGGUCAACUCUGGUUUCAGUUCAGACAAUUUGAAAUGCUAUUUGUCAAUAAUCAGAAUCCACAUAGAAAAAUAAUUUGUUAUUUCAAUACAAUCAUUGAAAUCCUGAAUCCUGAGUUGAGAUCAGCACUCACAUUUUCACACACAUCUUCCAUUGACAUCAACGUAUGAUCUAGACAGAAGUCUACUUUAAGUGUGCACAGAGAUCUCAAGGACUAGAAUUCCUCCCAGACUUUCAGUCCACUUUGGGUCCGAUUCAGACUUGAGAUAAGUAGACUUACAGUAAAUCAUUUUGUUUUUACUGAAGUCCACGUUUAGUCAACUUAUCUCAAGUCUGAAUUGUGCCCUUCCUGACCUAAUGUUGACCUGAAACCCUGCUGUCUGUCUGUCCCCUUCAGGGCUGUCUGUCAUUCUGCUGCUCAUGUAGACAACCAGACAGGUUUUAAUCCUGAUGUUUAACAUAGCGGACAUUAGAUUUGUGUGUCUGCCUGUUUGUUUUAACAGAUUAAAAAAUAUAACAUGGUAGAAGUUGCUCCCUCUGUGAGAUUCCCCCAAUACCCCAAAUAUAUAUGUGUGUGUGUCGUGUAUGUCUAGUCAAAUGUAGUGCACUAUAAAGGGAGUAGGGCCCGUAGUAGUGCACUAUAUAGGGAAUAGGGCCCAUAGUAGUGCACUAUAUAGGGAAUAGGGUGCUUUUUGUGACUUAACCGAGGUGUAGUUAAGUUAGACAGUUUAUAGAUAAUGUUUUAAAGAGGAGCAGUGUGUGUAUAGGGUUACAGAAUUCCUCUAACUUUUCCCAACACUCCCAAAGUUUUCCAGAGAUCCUGGUUGGACGAUUCCUGGAACGACGAGCGGAUAAGCAGGAAAUCCGGGAAUCGUCCAACCAGGAUUUGUUAAAUAGCCUGGAACUUUGAGAGAGUUAAGGGAGUUGUGCAACGCUACUAGGUGUCUAGAUAACAUCUUUAAACAGGAGGGUGGAUUGAGGUAAUACUGAAUGUAGUGUUGAUAGCACCACUCAACUGACCAGUCUGAUUUUAGGAAGAAACUAAUCACUCUGGAGACAGAUCCAGUUAACUGAUUGACCAGUCUGAUUUUAGGACGAAACUAAUCACUCUGGACACAGAUCCAGUUAACUGAUUGACCAGUCUGAUUUUAGGACGAAACUAAUCACUCUGGACACAGAUCCAGUUAACUGAUUGACCAGUCUGAAUUUAGAAGAAACGAAUCACUCUGGACACAGAUCCAGUUAACUGACCAGUCUGAUUUUAGGAAGAAACAACUCACUCUGGAGACAGAUCCUAAAUUGAGAUGUAUUCUCAUUAAUAGCAGCAUUAGAGCCACAUUUUUAUAGUGCAGAAGCAAUGUGCAAAAUGUACUGUAAAACUUGUUAUAAUCUGGAAGUUGGAUUUCAUUUAAAACUUUUCUUCAAUGUGUGUUUAUAAAGAGACGUCUAAGGCAUCGCUCAGUUUGCCUCACUAGAGUUCAGUAAUCGCCUCUUUUAUAACGCGUAUUGUUGAAGAAAAGUUUCAAAUGAAAUCUUACUGCGAGAUUAUAAUGAGGUUUACGGUAAUUUUUCAAUUUUGCACAAUGUUUAUUUGCGCUAUGAAAAUAGGAACCCUUAAUCGGGGUCUGGGAACCUUCCCCUGUAGGUGAAAUGGAACAGAGUGGGUCUCGUAAAAACUGGCUGAACACCAAAUGGCACUCAGUUACCGAAUUUGUCCACUACUUUUGACCACAAACCAAUGUAGAGCUCUGGUCAACAAGUAAUCCACUAUAUAGGGAAUAGGGUGCCAUUUGGAUUGAGACAUUAUUGUUCAACUGAAAAUAUAAUUUGAUCAGUAGGUGUUUUAUUAUUAUUUUUUUAUUGCGCUUGACAGCCUUCAUCCAAAACGGGAUGUGCACGAAGGUCUCGUUUGUGUCUUAAGAGGCAGCGUGUGUCCCAAAUGGACCCCUAUUCCCUACGUAGUGCACUACUAUAGACCUUAACCACAGAGGGUUAGCCAUUCAGGGCUCUGGUUAAAAGUAGUGCACUACUAUAGACCUUAACCACAGAGGGUUAGCCAUUCAGGGCUCUGGUUGAAAGUGGUGCACUACAUAGGGACUGGGGUUCCAUUUGGGGUGUAGUUCAUCGGGUUGUAGGUAGUGUAAAUACAAAAUAUAUAAUGUCCUUUUUUUCCACAGCAGAAGAAUGGAUGCUUUUUUAAACUAAUGUCUGUGAUUGCAUCUUGAGCUGGUUUUCUAUUUAAUAUAUAUAUAUUUUUGUGCUUAUUUCUUUCCGUUGAUUUGUUGUCUUCUAUGUGGACAGGGACAGGAAAGAUACCUUUUAUUUGCUUUGUUAAAUAAGUCUUUUCACUACGUUGUCUUGCCUUCAGUUUUUCAAUGCGUUUGGUUUUUCAAUAAGGGACAACCUUGUAUGGUUGUAGCUGAUUUGACUAGGACUUCAACUAGAUCUUUUUUCUCCGUUGUGAAUGAGAAUCCACUUUUUCAAGUUCACCUGCGGCCUUGGUUCCAAUACACUUUUUACACUGACCAAAAUAUAACAGUUCAGAUGGGGACUACUAGACAUGAUGACGCAGAAUACACAUUACAUGCAUCCAGUAGCACAUUCAAUGUUUUUAUUCUGUGUUACAGAAAUGAUUCACUUUUCUAUCAUAUAGAGGUUACCCGGGUUGGUGUCAAAAUCACUUUUUAAAUUCCAGGCAAUUGAUGUACACUGACAUAACAGUUCCAAUUGUCUUCAAUGCAUUUCAAUAAAGAACAUUUGUAAUUCGGUUUACUUAGUGAAUUGAAAUAGAGCUCCACCCUGAUAGCCAUAUAUAUAUAUAUUGCUGUGUAUACUGAUAGGUGUACUACGCUGUACAACCCUUUCCCCAACCAAUGGUAAAACUGUUGUGGCACCCUCUGCUGUUUAAUGGAAGUAGUGCAGCCUAAUGUCCCCCUUCACAUCUUCACACACCUGGGGUCGUGUUCAUUAGUAGCACACCUUAGCAAAACGCUUUACAACAGAAAACGAGCGUUUCUUAUUAGACAUGUUUAGGUGGUCUCUCCUCGUUUCAGCCUGUUUGCUUCUGUUUGAUUCUUAAUGAAUAUGACCCUGUUCUGUGGUGUAUUCAUUCUGUUUGAUUCCUAAUGAAUAUGACCCUGUUCUGUGGUGUAUUCAUUCUGUUUGAUUCCUAAUGAAUAUGACCCUGUUCUGUGGUGUAUUCAUUCUGUUUGAUUCCUAAUAAAUAUGACCCUGUUCUGUGGUGUAUUCAUUCUGUUUGAUUCCUAAUGAAUAUGACCCUGUUCUGUGGUGUAUUCAUUCUGUUUGAUUCCUAAUGAAUAUGACCCUGUUCUGUGGUGUAUUCAUUCUGUUUGAUUCCUAAUGAAUAUGACCCUGUCCUGUUGUGUAUUCAUUCUGUUUGAUUCCUAAUGAAUAUGACCCUGUUCUGUGGUAUAUUAAUUUGUGCACUCUAGGAAACCGUAGCAAAGUGUUUUGCAACAGAAAAUGCUUUGUAAUGAAAUUGAGUGUUUCCUACUGGAUAAGUUCAGGUGGUCCUUUACUGUUUGGUGCCUAAUAAAUAGGACCAUGUCCUGUUUCCUGUAUCUGCUUUAGUUUGAAUACGACCAUGUCCUGUUUCCUGUAUCUGGUUUAGUUUGAAUACGACCAUGUCCUGUUUCCUGCAUCUGCUUUAGUUUGAAUAAGACCAUGUCCUGUUUCCUGUAUCUGGUUUAGUUUCUGAUUUCCUACAUCCAGUACCAGGGCUGUUCCUUACUUGUGUUGAUUUCAGAACAUGUCUUCACAGCUCCUGUUCCUCUGGUUUAUAAUCAUCACAUGUUAUCAACAGACAUAUACACACACACACACACACACACACACACACACACACACACACACACACACACACACACACCCCAAUGUUAAACCUUUGUACCAACAGCUCAGAUAAAAAAUAAAUUAAUUUACAAUGUCA